GGCGCAGAGCGGUCUUCCCUCUUCCCUCCCUCCUUCCUUCCUUCCCUCCGCCUCCUUCAGGAAGAGCCUGGGCCCGACGCGGGAAGAUGGCGGCGGCCGGAGGGAGCGGCGGCGGCUGCUGGGGCGGCGGCACGGGCUCCUGGGCACCUGAGAGGCCCGAGCUGUGAGGCUCCGGCGCUGGGCCAGCGAGGACGGCGGGCGGCGAGCCACGGCGGCGGCGGAGGAUGAGCUUGCUUUGCGCUCAGUAUCUCCGGCAGGCAGAAGUCCUGAAGGCUGAUAUGACAGAUUCGAAGCUGGGACCAGCUGAAGCUUGGACAUCCCGACAGGCUUUACAGGACUUAUACCAGAAAAUGCUUGUAACGGAUUUGGAGUAUGCAUUGGAUAAGAAAGUGGAACAAGAUUUGUGGAAUCAUGCCUUUAAGAAUCAGAUCACAACUCUACAGGGUCAAGCAAAAAACCGAUCAAAUCCAAAUCGGAGUGAGGUUCAAGCAAAUCUCUCUUUGUUCUUAGAAGCAGCUAGUGGCUUCUACACACAGCUACUGCAGGAGCUGUGUACGGUGUUUAAUGUAGAUUUACCCUGUCGUGUAAAGUCCUCCCAACUGGGAAUUAUCAGCAAUAAACAGACGCACACCAGCGCCAUUGUGAAGCCACAAUCUAGCUCCUGCUCGUAUAUAUGCCAGCAUUGCCUUGUCCACCUUGGAGACAUUGCUCGCUACAGAAAUCAGACCAGCCAGGCUGAGUCCUACUACAGACAUGCAGCUCAGCUUGUCCCCUCUAAUGGUCAGCCUUACAAUCAGCUGGCCAUUUUAGCAUCUUCCAAAGGAGAUCACCUGACCACAAUUUUCUACUACUGCAGAAGCAUUGCUGUGAAAUUCCCUUUCCCAGCGGCUUCUACUAACCUACAAAAAGCACUUUCUAAAGCACUGGAAAGUCGUGAUGAGGUGAAGACUCAGUGGGGUGUAUCUGAUUUUAUUAAGGCAUUUAUAAAAUUCCAUGGCCAUGUGUUUCUGAGUAAGAACUUGGAGAAACUGAAUCCUCUUCGUGAGAAAUUAGAGGAGCAGUUCAAGAGGCUGCUGUUCCAAAAAACCUUUAAUUCUCAGCAACUCGUCCACAUUACCGUCAUCAACCUAUUUCAGCUACACCAUUUACGAGACUUCAGCAAUGAGACUGAGCAGCACAGUUACAGUCAGGAUGAACAGCUCUGCUGGACACAGUUGCUGGCACUCUUCAUGACUUUUCUUGGAAUCUUGUGCAAGUGUCCACUCCAGAAUGAUUACCAGGAAGAGUCUUGGGGUUCGUAUCCCCUUCCUGCACUCAAAGUCUCAAUGGAUUGGCUUAAACUUAGACCCAGCGUAUUUCAGGAGACUGUUGUUGAUGAAAGACAAUACAUUUGGCCUUGGCUGAUUUCUCUUCUGAACAGUUUCCAGCCCCAAGAGGAAGACCUCUCCUGCCCUAAUGCCACACCUCUUCCAGAGGAGUUUGAGUUGCAGGGAUUCCUAGCUUUGAGACCUUCCUUCAGGAACUUAGAUUUCUCCAAAGGCCAUCAGGGAAUUACUGGAGACAAAGAAGGGCAACAUCGACGUAUACGGCAACAGCGCCUGAUCUUCACUGGCAAAUGGAUUGCCGACAACCAGCCCAGGCUCAUCCAGUGUGAAAACGAGAUUGGGAAGCUCCUAUUUUUGACAGAGAUCCCAGAAUUGCUGCUUGAGGAACAUAGUGAAGCCAAACAGAGUCAUGUUUUGCACGAAGCGUCAGAACCACAGUUUGUGGAUGGAAGCCCAGGACUUAAAUCAGUGUUGUCGACAGGUCGAAACCUGAGCAACAGCUGUGACUCCGGAGAUAAGCCAAUGGUGACAUUCAAAGAGAACAUUAAACCACGAGAAGUAAACAGAGAGCCAAGCCGAAGCUAUCUCAAUAAGGAAGUGGGUAGGGAAAGGAGAGACUAUAACAAAGGAAUAACAGCCAAUAAAAAUGAUGGGAAGAAGGACAACAACAACAAGAGAAAGAAUGAAAUCAAGAAAUGUGGCAUGGAAAAGAUGCAGGAAGCAGGGAAGCAAAAUGUAGCAGUGCAGGUCAAAUCCCAGACAGAGCUGAGGAAGACUCCAGUGUCUGAAGCCAGGAAAACACCAGUGACUCAGUCUCCCAACCAAGCGAGCAACUCCCAGUUCAUCCCCAUCCACCACCCAGGAGCUUUCCCUCCGCUUCCCAGCAGGCCAGGCUUCCCACCCCCUGCCUAUGUCAUCCCCCCUCCUGUUGCUUUCUCGAUGAGUUCAGGAUACACCUUCCCAGGUGGCGUUUCUGUCCCAGGAACCUUUCUUCAGCCUGCAGCUCAUUCACCUGCAGGAAACCAGGUGCAAGCUGGGAAGCAAUCCCACAUUCCUUAUAGCCAGCAGCGGCCCUCAGGACCAGGCCCUAUGAACCAGGGGCUUCAGCAGACGCCAUCCCCUUCUCAGCAGUCCCUUGCAUCGUUACCAGCUCAGGCAACAGCACAGUCUGCAAGCCAGUUGCAGGUUCAGGCUCUGGCACAGCAGCAGCAGCAACAACAGUCCCCUACAAAAGCUGUGCCGACUUUAGGGAAGAGCCCUCCGCACCACUCGGGAUUCCAGCAGUAUUCCCAGGCCGACUCCUCCAAGCAGCUCUGGAACCCUCCUCAGGUCCAAGGCCCAUUGGGGAAGAUCAUGCCUGUGAAGCAGCCCUACUAUCUUCAGGGCCAGGAUCCCCUCAAACUGUUUGAACAGUCAUUGCAGCCCCCCCUCCUGCAACAGCAGCAGCCUCUGGAGAAGAAAAUGAAGCCUUUCCCCAUGGAGCCAUAUAACCAGAAUCCCUCAGAGGUUAAGGUGCCGGAAUUUUACUGGGACACCUAUGGCAUGGCUGAUAACCGUGUUCUGAUGGCACAGCAACAAGCAAACAUGGACCGCAGAGGGAAACGUCAGCAAGGAGUCUUCCGCCCAGAGCAGGAUCCAGUGUCUCGGAUGGGUUUUGAGGACCCCAAGAGCUCCCCUCUGCUUCCUCCGGACCUGUUAAAGAGUCUGGCUGCCUUGGAGGAGGAGGAAGAGCUGAUUUUCUCUAAUCCUCCUGAUCUUUACCCAGCUCUGCUGGGGCCUCUCGCCUCUCUUCCUGGACGAAGCCUCUUUAAAUCGCUGCUAGAUAAACCAUCAGAUCUGAUGUCUCAGUCACCAUCUUUCCUGUCCCUCACGGGCUUCUCUCUUAAUCAGGAAAGAUAUCCAAACAGCAUGUUCAAUGAGGUUUAUGGAAAAAACCUAAAUGCCAGCACAAAAACAGAAGUUACUCCUUCAGUGAGCCACCAGGAGACUUCACUUUAUUCUCUCUUUGAAGGUACUCCAUGGUCUCCAUCUCUUCCAGCCAGCUCAGAUCAUUCAACACCAGCUAGCCAGUCUCCUCAUUCCUCUAACCCAAGCAGCUUGCCAAGCUCGCCUCCCACUCACAACCACAAUUCUGUUCCAUUCUCCAAUUUUGGACCCAUUGGGACACCUGACAACAGGGAUCGAAGGGUGGCAGAUCGAUGGAAGACAGAUAAGCCAGCCAUGGGAGGAUUUGGGUUGGACUAUCUCCCAGCAGCAUCUUCCUCUUCAGAGAGUAGUUGGCAUCCGACCAGCACUCCCAGUGGCACCUGGUCAGCUCAUGGUCCAUCUUUAGAGGAUUCAUCAGCUGUUCUUAUGGAAAGCCUGAAGUCUAUCUGGUCCAGUUCCAUGAUGCAUCCUGGACCUUCUGCCCUGGAGCAGCUGUUGAUGCAGCAGAAGCAGAAGCAGCAACGCGGGCAAGGUGCCAUGAAUCCACCACACUGAGAAUGAAAGAGGAUGGCAACCUUUGCAACCGAAAGCUCCAUACAUCAUGGCAUGUUGGGUUUGCAGGACUGUCUCACUCAGUCCUGUGCGCGUGGCAGCCCUCUCUUCUGUUCCUUGCCGUCAGGAGGGCGUAAGUGCUCCACCAACCCACUGAGUGUGCACGAAAAUGUCUGCAGUGCAAUGGAAAAACCAACACCAGGAACUCUCCCACCCCUCCAGGGCCCUCUGGAGGCAGAGAGGGACUGCUGUUUGUCUCACGGUAACCCGGCAUCACCGCCUCUCACCUUCUCCAUCGUGCAUGUCCCCAGCCACGUGGGAAAACAAAAAGCCGAGAAUGAAGAGCAGACGGGAGAAGCCACUGAGAACUUCUCGAUCCUUCUCCUCAGUUUUGGAGAAACCAAUAGGAAUCUAUUACCGAUAGCUUUGCUGACUGAGAAUGUAGUUGAAAUUUAUUCCUCAACAUCUAAAUUUCUAAUUGUUACUCUCUCAGUAGUAAGGUCACACUGAAUUCUUCCAUACACAGAUGUGCUUUGUAGUCAGUGUGUAGCGACCCCUCCAGUUGCUGGUCCAGCCAGAGGUGGGUGAUGGUAGGUUGGGUGGGAGGGCGAGUUUUUUUUUCUCUUCCAGGUUGGAUCAGGAGUUUUGAUGAAGGAGAGUCCGGGCCCUCUAGCACCACUUCCACCUUUUCCUCGAAGGCGAUCUCUGGAGAACCCUGAAUGGGUUCGUGUUUCGAGUUCUGAAGCGCGGUGGCCACUGCGGAGCACGCAAGCCACUACUGUGGGGUUUUAAGUUAAAUGGUUUCAGAUUCCUGUACAUUUUAUGAUAGCGUAGUGACCAGCCUCAUAAAAUGGCAAGCUGGUUUGUGCAUUCACAGCCUGACUCCUUUAUGUAGGUAGGUAGAAGCUUUCUGUGUCUUUCCCCUUCCUCCGCCCCCUUUUUCUUCCUUCCUCUCACUUUGCUGGUCGCUAGUCGUACUGUUCAUCAUAUGCAGCAUCCCACAGAGUUCUAGCAGGAUAAUGGGGGGCAAAGGAGUUUCUCUAGCCAGGAUGAUGUGUGCAAUCCUUGCUUCCCCUCCCCUCCUAGGUGUGUGCCCACUCCACAAACUCGCACAGACCUGUAGGCACAGGGUUCCAGUGCUGGAAUGGAAGUUCAAGGCAACCAAGGACAUAUGAUGUGGAACCCAUGCACAGAAGCCAACAGUCCCACUUGCUCCUGCGAGGGCACAGAAGAGGGUCAAGGGUUCUGCUUAGUAUUUAUUGAGCAGAAGAAGACCGCAACUCUUCUUCUUCUUCUUGCAUAGGACAAAAGGACAGCAUUUCUUUUUUUGUUUCCCAGGGUAGCUAUGGAAACAAUCUAAAUGUUCCAAACUGCUGCAGUUGUAGGGGUGUGCGUGUGUGUGCGUCAGUUCAGGAUCUGUACGCUGCAGAGCAAAGCACAUCCAGGGUCUGCAAGGGGCACUGGAGUUGGGGAGCAGCCCCAAAAAGACUUGAUAUAAAGGGAAGUUGUAUGCAUAGUGCCCCCUCGCUCUCUAGGAUAGGAAUUGGACCCCAUAUGCCUCCCCGUGCUAGCAGUGUUGCUGCUAUAACCCCUUCCCCUCUUGGAAAGAAAUGGAGGAAGUCUCAAGGAUGAAGUCCCUGCCCUGGUUGUAACGUUAAGCUGAGACCCCCCCCCCCUCCCGUGCUUCUGCUUCCAUCCCACCCCCUUCUCCCGGUUUGUGUAUUUGAGCUGUGCAUCUAAGCAGCUGCAACAUUCCAGUGUUUGAAAUGCCACUGAUUCUUGCACCCUCGACAACCUGACCAGGUUCACCAUCUCACUCUCAGCAGGGCCAGAGUCCCAGCCCGUAGGCUCCCAUUUCUGCAUGAGAAAUCUGGUGUUUUGGAAUGUUUUCUUUUUAAGAAUCUUUGGGGGCAAGGUUCCUUCUUUCCCCCAUAUAUCCCCACCCCACUGUGUCAGGAGCCUCAAGGGAAGAGGAACCUCCAGCAGAGAAAACUGGUUUGUGUCGUAAGCUUCUUUUGUGUUUUUGUCUGUCUGUGCGAGACCUGCAGCUGCUGAACUCAGCUUUUGCCUUUAAUUAAACCAUGUUCUCUACAGCCA